AUGUUCCCUAACGUGGGCCUCCUCAUCACCGCCGCCAUUGCGUCUUCCGUCGCCGCUAUUGACUCAUCUUGCAACACUGGCCCCAUUCAAUGCUGCGACGCCAUUGCUACGCCCAGCUCAGCUACCGCCACUAACGCGCUCUCGCUCGUCGGCGUGGCGGUCAGUGGUGUUAACGCCCUUGUUGGUGUCGAGUGCAGCCCUAUCACUGUCAUCGGUGUUGGCUCCGGCGCUUCGUGCUCAACGACUCCCGUGUGCUGCGAGAAGACCUUCGACACUCAGCUCUCCCUCUACCAAGUUGUUGGAGUCAACUGCAGCCCAAUUACAAUCUAG